AUGCAUGGCCCAUUGCUGCCUUCAAAUUAUUUACCCUCGCUUUUGUUCGCUCACAGCCCCAUGAUUCCUUCAUCUGUUGGCGGAAGCUCCAGUCCCCCGCAACCGGUCGCGUGGUACAUUCAGUUAACUUACAUCAUCAUCAUCAUCGCCUUGGCAUUUAUUGGCAACAUCCUCAUUUUCGUGGUGAUUUGCAUCAAACGACGCCUUCACAAAAUCGACAACAUGUUCAUCGCCAAUCUAGCCGUCAGUGACUUCCUUUUUACAUUGAUCGAGACUUCAUCGAACACGACCAGGGAGAUAAAACGAAACUGGCGCCCACCUCACGACGUGGCUUGCUACGUAAUAAUAGCUUCAAGUGUCCUUUGCGCGUCAGCUUCUGUUUUUACUCAAACAGCGGUCGCUGUUAAUCGAUAUCUCGCCGUAACGCGACCGUUGCAAUACCCGAACCUUGUGAAUAGAAAAAGGGUGUUCAUAUCCAUCGCUUUUAUUUGGAUUUUUGCAAUUUCUUUAGCAUCACCGCCUUUGAUAUGGAGGCCGCUGGCAGUUAUUUGCGGGGAGGAAGAAUCUUACGUCGAACACAUCACUUACGAGAUCAUUUACAUGACCGCCGAGUGGAUAGUGAUUUUUGUAAUCCCAUUCUCGAUCAUGUCUUUUAUUUACUUCCGAAUAUACCGCAUUGCCCGAAACCACGCUCAGCGAGUGCGGCCAGGUAUAUACGAAGAAUCUACGACAACCACUCAAGGAAGUGCGAAUAAUUCUUCGUGCAGGUGUCGUCAUAUCACGAACCUUAACAGAGAGUUCAAAGCUGCUAAGAUGCUUGUAACAAUAUCUGGCGCUUUCUUGAUGUCUUGGUGCCCAUUUUUUGUUACAUUAACUUUGUGGAAGUUUCAGGACCACGUACAGAUUUAUCCUAGAGUAUUUACAGGAUUUCUGUACUUAGUUUAUACUUUACCAGCCAUUAAUCCUGUGAUUUAUGCAUACUGGUGCCGGGAUAUACGAAAUACAGUGAAAAAGCUUUUAACUUGUCGAAAAUGA